CUCCCGCUCGGGAUCCCGGAAGAGCAGCGAGGCGGUCUUCCUAGAGCGGCCCCUUCGCUUCCGGAGAGGCUCCAGGCCGAGUCUCCUCCGCCAUGCUGCGCCCCAAGGCCCUCACCCAGGUCCUGAGCCAGGCCAACACCGGCGGCGUCCAGAGCACCCUGCUGCUGAACAACGAGGGCUCCCUGCUGGCCUACUCCGGCUACGGAGACACGGACGCCAGGGUCACGGCCGCCAUCGCCAGCAACAUCUGGGUGGCCUACGACAAGAACGGGCACCAGGCCUUCAACGAGGACAACCUCAAGUUCAUCCUCAUGGACUGCAUGGAGGGCCGUGUCGCCAUCACCAGGGUGGCCAACCUGCUGCUCUGUAUGUACGCCAAGGAGACGGUGGGCUUCGGCAUGUUGAAAGCAAAGGCUCAAGCCUUGGUCCAGUACCUGGAAGAACCGCUGACCCAGGUGGCUGCAUCCUGAGCGACUCCUGGAACCUGCCUCCUUUCCUCCAGACCUGCUUUGUUUACCUAUGGACUCUGCCACUCAGCAAGCCAUGCUGUUGGGAUUGUGCGUGUGUUGAAAAUUAAAACGGUGGUGUGAAGAGAAUAAAGAGAUGCUCUUAA